AUGCGGGACAGUUGGCUGGUCAUAAAAAUAGGUGCACCGUUUGCUGACGAAAUUUUCCAUCCAGGUGGACUCAUCGCAGCGGAAUUGCUGCGUCCGUCGUACCCGAUCGAGGUACGGUGGGGUAACGAAACGUCCAUCUCGUACUCAACCCGUACGUUGGCUUGCAUCACCAACAACGAUGUGCUGCGAGCGUUGGCCAGAGUGGCACCCUCCUUUCGCCUGUACGGUGCCACACCAAUCGAACGGACGCAGAUCGAUCACUGGCUAACGUACACACUGUCGAUGGAGAAGAAUCUGGCGGAUGAGUUGAAAUAUCUGAACAAAUGUCUCGGUCCGCUAACGUACCUGGUGGCCAAUCAUCUUACCAUCGCCGAUUUGGCCGUGUUUAACGAGCUGUACGUUCGGUACGAUGAGUUGCAAAAGAUCGGCCUUCCGAUGCACGUGCAACGAUGGUACAAUCUAAUUUCGGCACAACCUUGCACGAAGGAAGCGCUCCAAAAGCAUGCAAAUGAACUGCUCGCGGCCACAGCUUCUGCGGCAAAGGGGAAGGAAUCGAGUCCGGAGAAGGGUGCGGACGGUGGUAAGCGCGAACAGGGCAAGUUCGUCGAUCUGCCCGGUGCCGAGAUGGGUAAGGUGGUGGUAAGAUUUCCACCGGAAGCAUCAGGCUAUCUGCACAUCGGCCACGCUAAAGCGGCCCUGCUGAACCAGUACUAUCAGCAAGCGUUCCAGGGCAAGCUGAUUAUGCGAUUCGACGAUACGAAUCCGGCCAAAGAGAAUGUACACUUCGAACAGGUGAUCCUGGAGGAUCUGGAGAUGCUGCAGAUCAAGCCGGAUCUGUUUACGCACACCUCCCAGUACUUUGACCUGAUGCUGGACUAUUGCGUCCGUCUGCUGAAGGAAGGGAAGGCGUACGUGGACGACACGGAACCGGAACAGAUGAAGAAGGAGCGUGAGGAGCGUGUUGAGUCGAAAAACCGCAGCAACACCCCGGAACAAAAUUUGUCACUAUGGGCUGAAAUGGUUAAGGGAUCCGAGGCGGGCCAGAAGUGUUGUGUGCGAGCAAAGAUCGACAUGUCCUCAGCGAACGGGUGUAUGCGCGAUCCGACGAUUUACCGGUGUAAGAACGAACCACAUCCACGCACCGGUACACAGUACAAGGUGUACCCAACGUACGAUUUCGCCUGUCCGAUUGUGGAUGCGAUCGAGAACGUUACGCACACACUGCGCACCAUGGAGUACCACGAUCGGGACGAGCAGUUCUACUGGUUCAUCGAGGCGCUGGGACUUCGGCGUCCGUACAUAUGGGAGUACAGCCGACUAAACAUGACCAACACGGUACUUUCGAAGCGCAAGCUGACGUGGUUCGUGGCCGAAGGUUUGGUCGAUGGGUGGGACGAUCCACGCUUCCCAACUGUGCGCGGCAUUUUGCGCCGCGGCAUGACGGUGGAAGGUUUGCGAGAAUUCAUCAUAGCGCAAGGAUCGAGCAAAUCGGUCGUGUUCAUGGAAUGGGACAAGAUAUGGGCCUUCAACAAGAAGGUAAUCGACCCGAUCGCACCACGGUAUACAGCCCUCGAAAACGACCACCGUAUACCGGUGAAUGUGGUGGGCGUACAGCCGGGAACGAUGGAGGCGGCAGUACAUCCGAAGAAUGCCGACAUUGGCACGAAAACGGUCCAUUAUGGGCCCCGUGUUCUGAUCGAUUUGGCCGACGCGAAGGAGCUCAAGGAGGGCGAGAAUGCUACGUUCAUCAACUGGGGCAAUUUGAUGAUCAAGAAGGUAAAUCGUGGUGCGGAUGGUGUGCCGAUUUCGGUUGACGCUACACCGAAUCUGGACAAUAAGGAUUACAAGAAAACGCUGAAGCUUACGUGGCUUUGUGAGCUGCCGGCGGAUCAGUACACGCCAACGUACUGCGUGUACUUUGAACAUAUCAUAAGCAAACCGGUGCUGGGGAAGGAUGAAGACUUUAAGAACUACAUCGGUCAUCAAACGAGGACCGAAGUUCCAAUGCUGGGAGAUCCGGAGCUAAAGAAACUCCGAAAGGGAGACAUUAUUCAACUGCAGCGCCGUGGUUUCUUCAAGGUAGAUCAAGCCUACCAACCGGCCAGCGAGUUUAGUGGAGCUGAGACACCGAUCGUACUGUUUGCGAUUCCUGAUGGCCAUGUGACGGCUGUUCCAACCGCAAACGUUCCCAAGAAGGAAGUGGCUGGUGAGAGUAAGAAGACGAAACAAACCGCGACUAAGUCAGCAGCAGCAACAGCAUCAAACGUUGGCUCGGACGUGUCCAAUCUCAACGAUUCCAUUACCCAGCAGGGAGAAAAGGUACGGAAGUUGAAGGCGGACAAGGCAGCGAAGGUAGAUGUUGACGCGGCAGUGAAAGUGUUGCUCGAUCUGAAAGCCCAAUACAAAGCUCAAACGGGCAGUGACUGGAAGCCGGGCGCGACUGCUGUAGUUGCACCACCAGCAUCCGUUGAGUCUUCGGUGGACGCGAAUACGCUGAAUA